CUGGUCAUGUAGAUUGAAGUCUAGUCCAUACUUAUCUCAUUGCGUAUUGACUGGCAUUGAUUCACAGCUAAAGCCUUCGACUGUUAGCUCAUGAAUACAUGUAUUCAUGGGGGCUGUGUGCCAUGACAUUGAUUGUGCCGUAGCUUUUGAUGGGAGAGGUGGAGAGCACUGGUUGUAGGGAGUUGAACCCAUUACCAAACUUCUCAUCAGUGCAGACUUGCUGCUUUGAAAUUGCCAAUCAUGAGUUUUUGAAAGUCUUGCCCGUCCAAAUACUUUGCUCUGCCCCACUUUUUGUGAACACAGGCCACUUGAAGAACAUUUAGAAUCUGCCAGACGCUGUAGUGUGUUCCUUUUUUUUCUCUCAUCCUUUUUUCCCAUCAGCCUGAAAACAUUCUGUGCACCAGGGAGUAGUGUCCCACCGACGAUAUUUCACCGGUGAGAUGAGUAGGAGGAGGAGGUAUAUCUCUUUCCGGCUCGUGGCAGUUCAUGAAUGACGUGUCCUUGAAAUCCCAUCUAUUUCCAACCGUUGGCUCCGUUUACGAGGCUGCCCAGUAUGAGUAAGUGAGAGGAGGAAACUGGAAGUGGGAGUAUAUUCUUUUUCCUCCUAUUUCGUCUUUCAAGGGAUCUUUCGCCGAAGCCACUAAGACAAGAACAACACUGGCAGCAGUUAGUCUCCAAAUUGUCUUGGGGAUUUUCGUUUCUCGUUGCUGCCCCAGUUGUUUUCGCAGAACCUUUCCUCACGCCAUUCCGAUAUUGAAUCAGAGCCUGUACAUUCUCGUCUGGAAUACUUUGAACGGCCAACUUUCUAAUGACUCCCGUGAAGAUGAGAAAAGAGGUGGAGGUACGAAACCGACAGUAAAGUACACGAAGAGGAGUGUAACGUUUUGUUACGGCUCAUUGGGUACAAAUCACUGGCCAAAGAGGAAGAAGAGGAGGUACUUUUUGGUUGGGAUUCAAGAGAGAGAGAAAGGUGCUGACCUAGAAAGCGAAAGAAAAAGCCAGUCGUCGUAAGAUGAAGGAUUGUUGGAAAAAAGCCUUUUGGCUUCAGGUGUUUAAGGCGGGGAGAUAGCAGAGAGAGAGAGAGAGAGAAAUAUAUGCACCGGCGUCUUAAGAGCGGUAUCCGAUGCCAAACUCCAGCUGGUGUGCAUCAUCAUCAUCGCCCGUCCCAGGUGAAGUGGAACCUCCCCAGUUGGCCGCCAGCUUCCGAGCCGGCAAGUUGCUGCUGCCGGGCCACUAGGACUUUUUUUUGCAUUUCUGUUUUGCAUCAUCGAACCCCAAAUAUUUUUUUUUGUUUCGUGAACACACAAACAACAAACACUUGCGAAUCCUAGAGCUGCGUUUUUGGGUUGUUGUUUUUUUGUGAGCCAUCAGACGGAAUGGCCUCGUCUCGUGAUCUACUCUGCCAACGGAUGCGGUGAGGAUUUCGUGCUUCUGGAUAAAGUGUUGAUUUUGAGCUCAAUUGAAGCAGUCAGAGAAAUAACAAACCAUCAGCACCAUCAUGUUUUUCUGUCCGGGUUCCAUCGGCCUGUUGAACGAUGACGAUGAAAGCGACUGGGCGGAUAUUGACAAUUUCUACAACCAUCCGUCAUCUUAUCACGCAUUCCACCAUCAUACUGGCGAUCACGACAACAAAUUCUCCAAGAUGGGAUCCCUCAUGUUUGUGGGCGAUUACAUCCGUUAUCCGGCCCUGCUGGAGUUGAGCAGUAAAUAUGGACUUCAGACGGACGUGUCGGACGCUUCGCUCGGCCAACAGCUGGAAGACUUGCGAGAGCAGAUCCGCCGUGAGAUUCGCAAAGAGCUCAAAAUCAAAGAGGGGGCCGAGAAUUUCAAGAAAGUGGCCACGGACAAACGAUCGCUCGCAGACGUGACGGCAAUGGUCAAGAAAGCCAACAACAAGUUGCAGGAAUUGCAGGCGGAGCUGCAGGAACUGGACUCUCAGAUCCUACUGACGCAAGGCCAGGGCAGUUGCGGCCAGGGUGGCACCAUGAUGCUGAUGAACAUGAACACGCCACCAGCGCCCAUGUCGCCGCCCGUCUACCACAGCCAGCAGUCGUCGUCCGUGUCCAACAGCCUCAGCGUCGGCAGCGGCGGCAACGGCAACACGGGCGGAGGAGGUGGUGGCGGAGGAGGAGGAGGUGGAAGCGUCCAUCACUCGUCGACUCUCAGCAGCCAGCCGUCCAGUCUCGGAUCCAGCAACGGAUACGAGACGCCGAUGUCGCCGGGCGAUGUGGCUGUUCCUCGGCCGGACGAAGGCUCCCUAUCUGAACAGCGGAUCUCAUCUCUGGAGAAGCAGCUGAAUAUUGAGCAGAAAGUGAAGCAAGGCGCCGAGAAUAUGAUCCAGCAGUACUGCAACGGACCGACCCGAGACAAGAAGCUCCUGGCCGAAGCUCAGCAAAUGCUGGCCGAUUCGAAGGCCAAAAUCGAGUACAUCAAAAUGCGCAUCAUGAAAGUCAAGCAGGUCCAGUCGGAAGAAAUGGACGGCAAAGGCUCGGGUGAUGGAUCCAGAGCCAGAGGAGACCGCAAUUGUGACUUUGGGCUGAUGACGCCGCUGGAGGUCCGGAUCGAGGAGCUGCGCCACCAUUUGCGGAUUGAAUCAGCUGUCGUGGAAGGAGCUAAAAACGUCAUCCGGCUGCUCCAGUCGGCCCGCUCCACCGAUAAGAAAGCUUUACAAGAGGCGCAGGCCAGUUUAUCCGAGUCGAGCCAACGGUUGGACUUGAUCCGUCACUCGCUGGAACUGCGCAACAAGGAGCUGCCGCCGCAGCAGUCGGCCAAGGCUAUGGAACUGAAGAAGGAAUUGGAAUCUUACACGGCGUCGAGUCCGACACCGUCGGGCGGUAGCAGCUACGUCAGCCUGCAGCCGUUCAAGCACCAGGGAGGCGGACAAGCUGGCGACACGCCGACGUCGUGUUCAUCUUCUUCUCAUUUGCUGGGCAAAUCGGCCGCCAUCACCGGCAAGCUAGAAGUCCGUCUGAUGGGCUGUCAAGAUCUGCUGGAGGACGUUCCAGGCCGAUCACGGCGAGAUUCCACUCACUCGGCCCCCAAUGACCUGAAAUCCUUCGUCAAAGGUGUGACGGGCAGAAGUUCGUCCAAGUCGUACAGUGUCAAGGACGAGACGAGUAACGAGAUCAUGGCCGUCAUCAAGUUGGACAAUGUGACAGUGGCGCAAACGAAUUGGCGGCCGUGCUCCCAACAGGCCUGGGACCAGCGGUUCAGCAUCGACCUGGACAAAUCGCGAGAAGUCGAGAUCGACAUUUACUGGCGCGACUGGCGCUCACUUUGCGGCGUCAAAUUUCUGCGCCUCGAGGAGUUCAUCGACGAUGUCCGGCACGGCAUGGCCCUCCAGCUGGAACCGCAGGGACUUCUCUUUGCCGAGAUCAAAUUCCUCAAUCCGAUGAUCUCGCGCAAACCGAAACUCCAGCGCCAGCGCCGCAUUUUCAAACAGCAAGGCAAGAACUUACCUCGCUACAAUCAGAUGAACAUUAACGUGGCGACAUGGGCACGGAUCAUCAAGCGAUCGCAACCCAACGAGCACCAGCACUCGAACACGAGCUCUUUGUCGUCCGGAGGGUCGGUGGUCCGUCCCAGUAGCUUGUCGUCGACACGUCCGCUGCCGCUCAAUUUGGUCACGUCGCCGGCGUCCGUUUCUCUGCCACCGCCUUCGACGAGCAGCAAUUCCAGCCCUCCGCCUCAGCAGCCGGAAUCACAUCCAGCGGCCGUCGAUUCGCCGCACGCUUCGUCUCCACAGGAGAACAACAGCCACAAACAAUUGGAGCAGACGACGAGCGAGAAACCGCAGCAUUAUCAUCAUCCUCAUCCGCCUCACUCCCAUCAUCCCAAUGUCCAUCCGGCACUGUCGAGCGGAAUGGCCGGGACGUCGAUGGCCCGCCCGUUGAGUCUCAGUUUGUCGUCACCGGUCGUUCCGAUGGCUCUCGCUGCGGGUGGCGGUGGCAGCGGCAACGUUGUCACGUCGCCCGUCACUCCGACUGCUCUGACGUCGACCAUCGUCCCCAUUCAGUUUCCGCCAUCAGGUAAGAAGCCGGCGCCUCCACCUCCGCCGCGAACCACGUCCGUCGUCACCAUCGGACACACGACGCCUGUCGGCCAGCCGUCGGGACCGCCGCCGCAACCCGUUCCGCGAUCUUAUCACCACAGCACUACUCCAUCCGACCCGAUCGAAGACUCCAAGAGGGCCUUUGCUCACUUGAGCCUAACCGGUUCCUCGACCGGUUCGGCGUUGGUGGCGGACGGUGGCGGAGACACUUGUGCCGCUCUUCCUUCCCCUCUGCCGUUGUCGUUGAAUUCGGCGACUGCGGUGGCGGCCACGACUCCGGGCACCUCUAUCGCCCAACCGUACACGGUCUCUACACCGUCUUCACUACUCCCGUCUCCUUCUUCUCCCGGCAAUAACGGGGGUACGAACCAUCCAUUGCAUCCGCAACAACUCCAACUUCACCAGCUCCAACAACAGCGUCGCUCGUACAACCGGUCACUUUCUUCCUCUCCGCCUGGCCAAGCCGAAGCUGAGGGCGGCGGUGGUCCGAUUCCCGUCAUCGAAUUCCCCGAUGAUGAGGUUUUCCCUCCGGUGAGACGUCCAGGCCGGCCGAUGGACUACCGCGACAGCGCCUACGAGUCCCGGCGCACCUCUCAAUUCACCGGUGGCAUUUCGCUGGACAACUUCCGCUUCAUCAGCGUCCUCGGGCGCGGCCAUUUCGGCAAAGUCAUUCUGGCACAAUAUCGCAACACUGGCGAGUACUUUGCCAUUAAAGCGCUGAAAAAGGGCGACAUCAUCGCCCGCGACGAGGUCGAAUCGCUUUUGGCCGAGAAGCGCAUCUUCGAGGUGGCCAAUUCCACCCGCCAUCCUUUCCUCGUCAAUCUUUUCUCCUGUUUCCAGACCGAUACCCACGUCUGCUUCGUGAUGGAGUACGCAGCCGGCGGCGAUUUGAUGAUGCACAUCCACGCCGACGUGUUCACGGAGCCGCGUGCCGUCUUCUAUGCCGCCUGCGUCGUUCUUGGCCUUCAAUAUUUGCACGAGAACAAAAUCAUUUACAGAGAUUUAAAGUUGGACAAUUUACUGCUGGACACCGAAGGCUACGUGAAAAUCGCCGAUUUCGGACUGUGCAAGGAAGGAAUGGGAUUCGGCGACCGGACGGGCACCUUCUGCGGAACGCCCGAAUUCUUGGCGCCCGAGGUGCUGACGGAACCGACGUACACCAGGGCCGUCGACUGGUGGGGCCUGGGCGUCCUCAUUUUUGAGAUGCUGGUCGGCGAGUCGCCGUUCCCUGGCGACGAUGAAGAGGAAGUCUUUGACAGUAUCGUCAACGACGAAGUUCGCUAUCCUCGAUUCCUCUCGCUGGAAGCCAUCGCCAUCAUGCGGAGGUUGCUGCGGAAAAAUCCGGAGAGACGCCUGGGAGCGAGCGAGCGCGACGCCGAAGACGUCAAAAAACAGGCAUUCUUCCGGCACGUUCACUGGGAGGACCUUCUGGCUAGACGGCUCAAGCCGCCCUUCGUGCCGACCAUCAGAUCGAUGGAGGAUGUGAGCAACUUUGAUGAAGAGUUCACGUCGGAGAAGCCUGUGCUGACACCACCCAAGGACCCGCGCAUCCUCUCGGAUGACGACCAGUCCCUUUUCAAAGACUUCACCUACAUGGCCGACUGGUGUUGAUUGUCGUUACUUAAACCAACAAAUUCUUUUCCCUUUUCAUUUGCCUUUCCCUUUAUCCCCUGUCUCCCCAGUUUUAUAGUUUGGGCCAUCCCACACUCCCCUUUCACUCGUUGAUUAAUCAUCUAACCAAACACAAUUUGUUUCCGUCUUCUCCAGGCAACACUCCUCCCACCCCUACUACACCAUUAGCUUAACUCGAAACAUUUGUCGGGGUCAUGUACAUUGUUUCUCGAUAGGAAUUCUUUUGUUUUUUGUAUUCUCAGUUUUCGGGAGGGUCUCGAUGGGAUUCGAUGGGUUCCGCAGCUCUUACCACACAAUUAUUAAAUGGAUCUAAAAAAAACAAACAAAAAAACAAGAAAACAAAAACGAAAAAAAAAAAAAUAAUAAUAAUAAUUAAUAAAAAGUUAUUAGGCAUCAACCGGCGGUCCUCUUGUGUCCCUCUGUCGCGGCCUUCCUUUUGCUCCUUCCAUUUUGUGAAAUUUGCUCUUUUUUAUUAAGUAAGAAUGGGAGUAUGCAUUAGUUAGCGCUAUUCAAUACUUUACAUCCAUCCGACUGUAUAGAUUUGUAUGCGCUGCCACUUGAAAAUUUAUUAUUAAUCCUCUUUUUUUUUCACCAACCAAACUUUUGUCUAUCACUUCUUCCCUCCUUGAAAAAAGUGCCUUUUUUUCUAUCAUCUCUUUCGUCGCCGUCUUCUCUUUUUCACGGGGGAAACAAAAUUUCAAGAAUUAAAAAAUUUUCGUAAUUAGAUGAAUUUUUCACGUUUUUCGGCUCGUCAGUGCACACACAGACACACACGUUUGAAGGGGGGGUUUUGUUGUUGUUGUUGUUGAAAUAAAGGAUAAAAAAAGUAAAGCGAAAAUCCUGCCAAUACUCGAGCCUCUUUCAAAACGUUUCGUUCCCGCUUCUUUGUUAAAGCAUGUUGAAAAAAUAAUCCUUCGGCUUCCCACCACCUUUUUCCUUUUUGUAUUUUUACAGAUUUUUAAGAAAGAAAAACACCAAAAAAAGAUUGGAAAAUUUAAACAAAGAAUAAAUCCAUUUCUGUCACUUUUUUCGGGCGAUGAGUAGACGAUGAGAAUCUAUUGCGAUCCUCAGGCCUUUUUUUUUUUUUUUUGUCAAAUCCUUUCCUUUCUCCUAAUGCCACCACCCCGUUAUUCGCCUCAUCCCACACAACUCGUCUUCACGUCGUUUGGGUGAAUCAAAAGAUGCGAUGCUAAGAGAUUACACAGAGAAGCAAAGGCAAUAAAAGAAUUGAAUUUAAAAAAAAA